AAGACGUGUAAGUUUGUCUUUACGUCGAGACAGCAGGAAAUCACACCAAGAGACAGGUGAAAAGCAUAAAUGUGUUAUUUUAUAUGUGGCAGACUUCAGAACACUUCAUGCACAUCCAGUGUGAGCCAAGGACGUUCUUUCAUAUCUGUUUAUACUUAAAUGUGACCAAUAAUCAAAUUUGAUUUGAUUAAAUGACUGAUUUAAAUGCAUACUUCUUCAGUCAAUAUGUGAUUUAUGCACAGACUUUCAGCUUUACUUCGAGAGGUUAUCCUAAAGUAUGGCUAUUAGCUGCUAGGAGUUAUGGCCAUUAUUACAUAUAAAGCAUAAAACAGUGCAAUGAUGAGACGUUGUUUUUGUAUUGCUUUUAUUUUGACAUAGAAAGAAAGUAAGUGCUGUAUUUUGUGUGUGUGUUCAUUUCUAGAUUUGGCUAUUAAAUAGUCUGUUUGACUGGGUUUUGUUUGACAGCUAUGUUCUGUUGUUCCAGUUACUUUGCACACACUAAGUUAACAUGAUUUGGAGCUAUGAAGACACACAGACCUGCAUAGUGUUGUUCAGAUGGACUUGUUUUGCAUAUUUAUAUUUCCCAAAGAUACAGUUAGAAAAUACUGAUGGAGAGAUGCGCUGAGGAGAAAAGACUUUCAGCCAAAUUCCUCUGCAUAUGAGCAGCAUGGGCUGUCAAAGAUAUUACUAAAAUAUUAUUAAAAUAAGACACUGGUUAGCAUUUUGCACUUCUGUUUUUCCCUUGUUGUUUCUCAGUCCCCCCAUUCUCUCUUCACAGUUCUACAUCUUCAGAAAUACAAGCAAAGGAGUGCGGAGUCGGGAAAUGGGAAUUCAACAAAACUGAACCAGUCGUCAUUUCAAAGCAAAUAAACAAACACCAAACCAUCACAAAUGGGUAAUCAAUUACCAAAGGAGAGUAACAUGGGAAGCCGCCUGAGAUGCUGCAAAUGUUUUAAAGUCUUGCCUCCAUGCAAAUCAUUUGAAGACUUAUACCAAAGUACUAUUUAUGGGCGACACAUGCAUGUGUUCAAUGGAGGUGAAUACUACAGACCAGUUGGUGACAAUGAAUUGUAUGAAUGUGAAUAUUGCUUUAACAAGCCAAUCAGAGAUCAAGAGGAAAUGACAAGAGAAGAGGAGAGGAAGAGAAGAGAGGAGCAGAGGAGAAGAGAAGAGGAAAGGAAGAGAAGGGAGGAGGAGAGGAGAAGAGAAGAGGAGAGAAGAAGAGAGGAGGAGAAGAGAAGAGAAGAGGAAAGGAAGAGAAUAGAGGAGGAGAAGAGAAGAGAAGAGGAGCAACAGAAAGAAAAACUGAAUCAAAGACUAAAAGAAUCUCACCAACAAGCUAAAGAGCAGCUUGAGAAACAACAGAGUGGCCACAUCUCAGAUGAAUGUGAGUCUAAGCGAGAUGUUCUAAUAGAGCAUCUGGAUGAGUUUGAAGCUAUCUAUGAAUCAGGUAGUGACAGCGAUGAGCUUCUUGAAAUCCUCUCAGUGAAAUGCAGUCUUCCACAUUCAAAUAUCAGUCUGAGUCAGCUCACAGCUGAUCAGCUCAGUGAGAUCCUUUCAGUCCUGGACAAACUUCUGUUUGAUGAGUGGAUUCGUGCUGCUCCAUCCAUCAGCACUCUGCAGCACACUCAGGUGUUCAUCACAGAGCUCUGUGCUCUGUGUCUGGAAAUAUCUGAAGGAGUUUCCCUACAAACCAUCUGCAAUCAUAUGCAGUCCUAUUUGGGAUCCAUCAGCCAAUCAGCAUGUGGUGUUUUUGAGAGUUUCCUCUUGACUCAAGCCCUGUAUCUGAACCUGAUGCACUUUUUCCGUGACGAUAGCAGAUUUAAUAAUGAUGCUGUCCUCAUAGCCAAACAAUGGGCAGAAUAUGAGAUUUCCACUGAGAACCUCUUUAUAAUUGAAUUCCUGAGCACCCUCACAUCAUCACUGCAAAGUGCAGUUGGAAGAGCCUCUGUGUUCACUUUAAAGAUGGAAAUCCAAUGUUUAAAGCUUCUCUUAUCCACACUCACAGAUCUAAAUGGAAAAGAAGCCCACUCAGAAUCCACUGAAAUGCUCCUCAAACUUGUACAAAGAAACCAAUGGACUCCAAUGGAAGCAGUCACACUGCUUAAAGCACUGUCACAGAAAUAUGCAGAUGAUGAUUCCAUAACUGAAAUCCUUACCUUGGUACAAGUGUAUGACAUACCACCAGACUGGAUAGAUGACUGUGGGCGCUCUCUAAUCCAGCUCCUUGAAUCUGCUGCUCCUGAGAGAUUUUGUCAGGAUUUCCAAAAGACUCUAAGAGGAAACGAUGAGAGCAGUGUAACUGCAGUUUUAGCAGAAGUAAAGAUGUUGUGGAAUUUGAAUGACUCUGCCAUUGAUAUGAUAAAAAACAUUAACACUGGUGUCCUGAAAUAUACAGAAAAUGUACCAAAAGAGGAACUUUUUAUGAAAGAUUCAUUUAAAUGUGAAUCUUUGAAUUCAGACAACAAACAGAAGUGUCUGUGUCAGCUCUGCAAAGCAGUGUUCAACAUAAAAGGCUGGUGGCCCACAGUGAGGCAGGUGGUGCGGUGGUGUGGACUGGUGCUGACUCAGAAAAGUGGAGUGGUACAACUGGUUGGUGUGGAAGAAGACCCAUGUGUUACAGCCAUGUUUGCAGCCAUGCAAGUCUGCAUGGGAAACAAACUGGACAUUGUGCUGAGCUCUGAUGUUCACUCAGAGGAGCAAACAAAGGAGUGGUCUGACUUCUACAAGCACCUUGACAUUUCACUCAACACAAACAUGAAGAAGACUGAUCCAUCAUUCCAGGAUGUCUAUGAAGCUGACAUUGUUUAUGGUACAAUGGAUGAUUUUGUGUCUGAUUACUUUAGACAAGGCAUAGAGACGAUGGAAACAGGGAACCCACAGUUAAAUCGUGGAUUCAUCAUUGAAAAACAAAGUCUCAGUGCUUUGCAUGCUCUGGAGCUUUCAAGACUCAAAGACGAUGACUCCCUGGUGUUUGCUGCAGAGGUCCUGCAGAACCUCAUGAGUAAAUUUCACAGUGAAGAUGUGGAACUGAGACAUAUGUUUAUUAAGGCCCUUUUUCAGGUCCUCCAUUGUAACCUAAAAGAAGAUACAAUUACUGACACAAAAAUCAUCACCAUCUCAAAGAAAAUCACAGGGAAGGAAUUGCUUUCUAAUGAGAUCUUUAUUUUGACAUUUCUUGAAAAUCUCUUGCAAGUGUUUGCUAGAGAAACAGAAGCUGUUAAAAACAUGACAGAUCCUGCGGGCAAAUGGUGUUUAGAGAGCUUAUUUGCCUGUGUGGAACAAUUCCAAGACUUAGACAAAGAAACCAAAGAAGUCUUCAAGAUGGUUUCAAAUCUUGGAAAAAAAGCACUUUGGUCACCAGUAGAGGCCUUAAACCUUCUUGGUGCAUUAACUCACAACCACCAUGACAGCGGCUGUAUUUCCAUCUUGAAGAUUUUACAUUUGAUGGAAACAUACCAGGUUUCCUCCAAUUGGACAGAUGAAAACAAUAAAUCUCUCAUUGAGCUCAUACAUUCAUGCACAACUCAGAUUCUGAUCCAGCAUCUAGAAAAGAGCCUCAGAGGUGAGAAAACUAAAAGGAUUGACAACCUUUUUUAUGAAAUACGGCAGAUGAAAGAAAUUGUUGAGCAAACACUGAGUAAAUCAUACAACAUAGUAACUCAUGUAACAAACCUAAUCAAAACUGGUGAAAUUAAAAAACACACAGACAUAGAGCGAGCUAGGACUCUGAGUCACAGCAUGGAGGUUGGGGAUUUACAGGAGAUCCUUGCAGUCUUAUGCAAUGCUGUACACCUCCACAAAGCAGAAAGGAAGUGGUUUCCCAGGACAACUCAGAUGAUAAGCUGGUGCCUGUUGGCCCUGUCUGACACUGGGAAGCUCCUGGAGAUGGGAACUGGAGAAGGGAAGUCUUGUGUCAUAGCGAUGUUUGCAGUGCUGCGUGUGCUUAGAGGUGAAAAGGUGGAUGUAGUGUCCAGCUCCUCUGUGUUAUGUCAAAGAGAUGCUGAAGAAUGGGCCAAAUUUUACAAAUACUUUGGCAUUACAGUCGACACAAACACAAAUAAAAAUGAGGAUAAAGAUCGGAAAGAAUGCUAUCAGAAGGACGUGGUCUAUGGAACCAUUGAAGCCUUUGCUGCUGAUCACCUUCGCCAAAUAUUUGAGAUGAAGGAUGUGAGGCCUGAUCGUAACUUUCAGUGCAUCAUUAUGGAUGAAGUGGACUCACUGCUGCUAGAUCAAGGAGUGCAGCUGACAUACCUGUCCAGCCCCAUGGUGUCCAUGCAGCACCUGAACAUUAUUCUCACCAUGAUCUGGAGCCACGUCAGUCAGUAUGGCUUCCUAUCUACAGGACACCAGACAUUUGUACGAGGUCCUCCUGCUUCAUUCUUCAAGGCUAUCUAUGACUCAAUGAACACAGAAGACACUGAAAUUAAUGAUCCAAUGGACAUUUUAAGUAUUGCUGAAGAAUCCAACAUUGUGUCAAAAGGAUUUACAGAAGAUAUCUACAAGAGUGAAAAGGAUGAACUUCUCAGUAAACUGAAAACAGUGAGUCAGGAUGCUAUGGUUGACUUUUUCAAAGAAAUUGAGGACUAUGUUCCUUACGGCUUUACUGUUUACACACUAGAUGACAAAGGACUGCUCUGUCUUCAAAAGUGCAGUCCAUACAAUGACCGGGACAUCCCAGAGCUUUCAUUUCUUGUCUUGGAGGAAGGAUUGUGUUGUCCUCUCUAUGAGUCAGAAGAAGUUCUCAUCAAGCCCAUUGCAGAAUUGAUCUCUGAGAGGAUUCAGUACACCCCAUGUGAAAACAAUAAAGAUAAAAUCAGCAUUCCUGGAUUCUUGAAGAAUCUGGUGGAGAAGAAAGUCUCAGUGUGGGUUCAGAAUGCCUUUCUGGCAAUGUUACUGAAACAAGGACGAGAAUAUGUUGUAGAAAAUGACAACGUCUGUCCAGUGGACUUCAGAUCCACUGGUAUUGUUGAACUGAAUAAGAAAUGGGGUGAUGGUCUGCAGCAGUUUGUGGAGAUUAAACACCAAGUCAAACUGAGCACAAUUUCAACAGUGACAAACUACAUUUCCAACAUCUCCUUUUUUGAGAAAUACCAGGGAAAAAUAUACGGAACAACAGGAACACUGGGGAGCAAAGCAGACAUUCAGUUUUUGCAGGAUCUAUAUCCAAAUCUCUCUGUGUGCAAAAUACCAACAUUCAACAGAAAGAAGUUAUUUGAGGUCAAAGGUACUCUGAAAAAAACAGCUGAAGAAUGGAAAUCUGAAAUAAAACAUGUGGUCACGGCUCAGAUUUCCCCAAAUUCAUACAGAGAAGGAAGAGCAGCGUUGGUGAUCUGUGAAACUAUCAAUACAGCCAAAGAGAUCUGCGAAGAGCUGAAGAGCAGCAUCCCAAGUAAAAAAGUGAUUCUCUACUGCCGCAGUGACAGAGACAGUUUGAGUAAAAUAGACAAGGAGCUGCUUCCUGGUGAUGUCAUUGUUGCCACAAACCUUGCCGGCCGUGGCACAGACAUUAAAGUGUCCAGAGAGGUGAACAAUAAUGGAGGAUUAUUUGUGAUCCUCUCCUUCCUUUCUGAAAAUACGAGGGUGGAACUCCAGGCAUUUGGACGAACUGCACGCAAAGGUAAACCUGGAUCUGCUCAGAUAAUCAUCUCCACUGAACACCUGCAGCCAUCUUUCCACACAGUGUCCUCUCUGGAGGAAGCCAAGAGCACAAGGGACCGACUUGCAGCAGAAAAGAUAAGUCACAUGAUGAACGAUGUUGCUGAGAUGAAACUGCGGGAGGACCUGUUUUCAGAAUACUGUGAAACACUUCAACAUAUUUAUAACACCACUGAUGGAGACGAGGAAAGAGCUGUUGUUGACAUGAUGAAUGAGUUUUGGGGGAUUUGGCUCCAAACUAAAUCAGAGGAAAUUGAUCAGUUGAAGAGAAAUGAACUGCAAGAGAGUCUGAAAGCUGAUUUGUCAAAGGCAAAAAGUCAGUCUGAAAGUAAGACUUCACCAUGUUCCAGCAUUUAUCACUACAUCAAGUUUGGAAAUAUUGCACUGGAUGAAAAACAGUGGGAUGCUGCAGCCAUAAUGUUUGAAAAAGCCAUGAAACAAGAUAAAAGCUGGGCAGCUGUAGCUUUUUACAAUCAUGCAUACUGCACUAUACAACAAAAGAAAGCAGAUUACCUCACUAAGGCCAUAGAUGAUCUAAUGAAGGCACAGGAAUCUCUGAAGUUUCUCAAUGAGGAACUAAUAGUCUGUCUUCAGUUUGUAAAAAUGUCCUCUGCAGACUCAGCCAACAGCAACCCAACCAGCCUGGAAAAACAGUUAUCAACCAGGUCUACAAUGUAUAGUUACUUUGAUAAAAACAUUACUGAGGCCAUCCAAAAGUUAGAAGAAAUAAGAGAGAAAGGCAGGAAUCCAAUUACCCAAAAAUCUCCCAUGUUCUCACUAUUUUCAGAUACUGAUGAAGAUCUCCAAGAUGAAGUUUACAAUCUCUACAGACGAGGUCUGAAAUAUGUGUUUUCUGUGAAAGAAAAGCCUCGUUUCUCAUGGGAAGGUCUUCUGGUGUUCUUUCUUGGCGUUUUAAAGAUUGUUGGAGGAGCACUGCUCACUGUAUUUACAUUUGGCACAUUUGCUCUAGUUGGAAUGGGACUCAUUACUGAGGGAAUAUCAGACUGCAUCACUGGCAUUGAGGCCAUGAGGACAGGAGAAUUCAGCUGGAAGUCAUGGGCUAUAGACAAAGCCAUUUCUAUUGGUGUCUCUCUCAUUGGGUUCGGAGUUGGAAAGCUGAUAUCAAAGGGCUUCAAAUGUUUUAAAACCUUACUUAAAUUUGGCAAACAGCUUAAGUCAAUGCCAAAAUUUCUCUCUAGACAAGCUAAAGAUGGCCUCAGUGUUGUUUUAAAGGCAAAUAUGAAGAAUGCCGUAAAAUACACAGCUAAACAAAUUGCAGAAGAACUCAUCACCUUUGGAGUGGGAAAGAUAGAAGAUAAAAUACUUGAAAAAAUAUUAGAAGGAAUCAAAAGCAUAGUGAAAGAGACAACUGAUCACGAAGUGAAAUUAAAAAUAGAAAAAGAGCCUCCAUCUUCAUUAGUAGACUUCAUUAUUCUUUCACAACUUGAGGACAAAAAACAACUUCAUGACCUAAACAACGAGAGAAGAAAGAAAGAGCUGCUGGCCGUUUUCACAGAGUUAAGCAAAACUGCAAUACAGCCAUUCUAUGCAGACCUCAGCUGGCAGAACAAACUGAAUUCAUCCCUCUUCACAGUGAUUGAAAAAGCUAAAUCACACACUGGAGGAAAAGCAAAAGCAAUUCUGACAGUUAUACAAGGUGUCCACAUGGUCACACUGGCAGGAGAAGCCAUCACUGCAGUGCUCAGCCUGUCAGACAAGUUCUUUUCAAAUUUUCAUGAACAGCUGAAAAUAUUUAAAGAAAAGCAACAAAAAUCAGAGACUGUGAAUAUAAGUGAUCUGUCUGCAGAAGACAUUAAACUGUUGAAAGAUUUCAAGCAGGAUUUAGCCGGCACCAUCAGUACUUUAUUGGCUGAUGCUUUGGUAGAAGUUUUCCACCAAAAGGUCUCCAGUCACAUUUUUUCUAUUGUUAAAGGCCAGGCAAAUGGUGUUAUUGGUAAAUAUGUGAGAAAGGGUUUAAAGAGUGACAGAACAGAGGAAAAGCUCAGAGCUGGACAGAACAACAGAUACAUUGCAUACAUGCCAAGAAAACUGAAUUCUAAACACAAAGUUGAAGGAGAGGCAGGUCAACACUCACAAUCACAUGCUGAAAACAUCAAGAACUCCACGACUGCAGGCACCAUCCUUGAUAUCAGAGUCCUGUCAGAAGCCACUGGCACUAAAGUUGUCAUCCUAACAGAGGACAGCAAUGGAAGACUUACCAAAAUGCAGGAGCUGAGCCCAGACACUCGACAUGCCAAUCAAACUGUGACCCUGAUCUACAGACCAAAGAGUGACCAAUACCCCAAUAGCCAUUAUGAUGUGCACAUCAAUAACCAGACAGUGAGCAUAGACAACAAAGGCAAGAGCUGUCUGUUUUAUGCUUUGGCACGUGGAAUGAAACCACAAGCCAGCAAAGAAGAGAUCACUUUGGAAGCAAAUCGUCUUCGAUCUGUGGAGGCCGAUACUCUCCUCAGACACCCAGGCCAAUGGGAGCCUUUCAUCAAGCGGAAAGAAUUAACUGAAACAAUCAGGGGAGGGGACUGGUACAUGUUAGAGGGAGCUGGAGCCAGAAAAGUCAUAAAAGAAAGCAAAAAGUUACGCCAGGAAGAAGUUGGAAAAGUAAAAAAAUACAAAGAUUGGCAAACAUAUGCAAAAGAAAAUAAAGGAAUUGGAAAGUUCAUCAAUGCAGAUCACCAGCCACCAGUCAGUAGUAUAUUGAAGGCCCAUGAACAGAACCAGAAUAGCAGAUUAGCAAAGGCCAUGCUUGAACUGGCAACAAACUCAUCUACUGGGAACAUUUCUGAUGUGCACAAAUAUCAUGGCCGUGAACUUCCAACAGUUUAUGUGCCUGCAGAAGUACAUCGUGAAUUUCCCAGUACAAAAUCACCAGCCUUCAGAGACCUUUUGACUAAAACCAUAAGUAAUGAUGAUGUUGUGGGUACUUUCAAGCUGACGAUCCUUGGUUCAAUGCCAAGAUUCUGGUUGGAUAGUAGCAGGAACUUCAAAAACUUUCAGAAUACAAAUAUAAGCAAAAGCAGACUUAAAGAUUUUGAAAACAGUUUUCCACACCACAGUGAAAAGAUGGUAAAUAAAUGGUGUGACCAGCUUAAAAACAAAGGUGUUAUGACAGAUGACCAUCUAACUACUAUUAAUAAUUGGAUCGCUAACCAGGGCUACAAAGAUCAAAAUGAUCCACACAGGAAAGAAGUUGCCAACCUCCUCUGAUGAAAAGUUUGCAAGAGAAGAGAAUGUGACUCUUACAAGCAAAUGAAGUACAGUGAAAACCUGGAGAUCUUCCACCUGUCUAAUCAUCAUUAUCAGAUAUCUCUGUGCCUUUGGUUUAAUUUUAACUUAAUUUUUGUACUUAUCACAGAAAAAAAAAGAAAGUCCUAACUGCUUGUUGAGCCAUUAUAGCUUAAUGUAGAUUGCAAACUUAGGACAGGUUUUGUGUUUUGUUUUGUUUUUUAUUUUGUUUUUUGUUGCGCACAAAGAGCUUACUAAAAUGAUGCAACAAAGUAUUUCUUGUAGUACAUUACUAAUCACUCUGAAAGGCUUCUAAAUCAUCCACAAAGUACCUGAGUGCCCUCCAGUGUUCAAGAGACAAACUACACAUGUGUCAUAUUAAGAUUUAGCAACUUGAUUUUCUUUUUUGUUGGUUGGAGCACAAGGUGACAGCUGGAGUGAUUCUGCAGAGCCUGACUGUGAAAGGAGCUCUGGAAAUAAAGAAACUGCUUGAGAUGAAUCACAGAAGCUACAGGAAAAAAAAACCUGCAUGUAGUUCUCUGUCAGCAGCAUCCCAUUCGUUAUCUUGCAAACGGUGUAUAAUUUUUGUUUAAUUCAGUGUAACUAUGAUGGUGGUGGUGAGGGGGGGUUAACAGUGAAAUUAUAAAAUAUAUUAUUUCUAUGGAAAUGUUUUUACACAAUAGUGGACAAUAAAACUGCAGGGAAAUGUACCAAUAUGAUAUUACAUACUUUAAAAGUUUAUCUAAAUGUAUUUAAAACAUACUGGUGAAAACGGCCUAUAAACAUAAUUGGCCACUGUUAUGAACAUUCUGAAAUAAAUAGAAUUACACACAA